ACCCAUACAUUUCCUGUCCUAACCAAAUGAAGAAGAGUUCUCGGAUAGGAAGUGAUCUGACCAUAAUUUAUUUUUUUAGGAGUAAUAACAACUCAUGGUGUCCGGACAACUUACUAUUACUUCAAAAGUAGACAGGCACUAAAUCAAAAUACCAAUUAAAGAUUAAGUUCCGGUUGAAAGUAAAUAAAACAACGGACUUUUGGCCAUUCUGUUUCAGACUUCAUCCCGCUCCAGAAUUUACUUCACAAGCUGUUAACAGGGGAAGGGGAACUUACCAGUUACGUAGGGUGAACUUCUGUGGUUUGUCGAUUUGUAUUUGCUUCGGCAGGUCUGUAUAGCUACCAACGAUCAAAGAUGAACAUGUCGAUAAUAGUGAUUGCCUCUCUAAUGUCAGGCCUUCUGGUGGCGCCAUCUACAGCUGACUGGCUCAGUUCCGAGUACUACAGGAACUGUCCGGAACAUCUGUUGGAAGACAUGAGGGAAAUCGAGGCCAGUGGUCCGCAGGAUGGUGGUGGUUGGUUUGAUCGCGGCUUGGAAGCCAUUCAAGGAGCAUGGGACAUGCUUCGAGCUUACAGUGACAUGCGUGAGUCCAACUUCCGCAAUUCCGACAAGUACUUCCACGCACGAGGCAACUACGAUGCCGCACAGCGAGGACCAGGAGGAGAGUGGGCAGCUGGAGUCAUUAGCGACGCACGGGAAACAUGGCAGGGUGACGUCAGCGGUCGUGGAGCCGAGGAUACCGCAGCCGAUCAGGAGGCUAACGAGUGGGGGCGUAAUGGUGGACACCCCGACCGAUAUCGUCCACCCGGACUUCCUGAUCGAUACUAAC